CGCGCGGCGGGGCGGGGACGGGAGCGCGCGGCGGCCGGACGGUCGGCGAGGCGCGCGGGCAGGAGGCGCGGGCGCUGCGGGUCGCGGUCCGCGUGGGCACCUGCCGUCCCCGCGGAGGGGCUCCCGCCAGAAGUAACCCUCUGCCUUGGAACGGGAUCCUGGCUCCUGUGAUCAAGGCAGGAACUGCGGCUUCUGUGGGGAUGCCUGUAAACCACCAGAAAGCAGACUCUUCGGAGAUGGACGCUGACAUGUCACCCAGCUGCAGGCUGAGCGACUUGAGCAGAGGUGGGAGUCUGGAGAGUCGAAGCAGCAGUUCCCGGUCCAGAAGUUUCACUUUGGACGACGAGAGCCUGAGGCACCUCACACACGAGGAGAAGGACGUCAUCCUCUUCUUUGAAGAGACUCUGGAUUCCCUGGAGGACGACUUUGAGGAGCCAGCCCUGUGUGACAGUGGUGUUCAUUGCCACUCUCCACAGUCUCUGGAGGAGAGCCCUUCCAGUCACUCGGAGCCUGAGGACGUCAUCGAUUUAGUGCAGCCAGGACCUGCAGCUGGGGACAUGGAGCCCCUUCCAGAGGUGCCCCGGGCAGCAGGGACCGAACCUGUUGGGAAGGAGCACGUUGCUGUCCUUGAAGGCAGGAAACAGGACGCUGAGAAUUCCCAAGCACCAGACCCCACCGUUCCCAAAGCCCUUCCUCUGCCACCCUCCCUGCCUGGCGCCCCAGCCCCAGCGCCCCCCAGGAAGGAGCUGCCCUCCCCUUCUCCUCCAGCAGAGCACCCAAAGCUACCCCGCUCAGUCCCUACUCCUCUUGUGAUCGCUCAGAAGAUUUCCGAGAAGUUGGCAGGAAAUGAAGCCCUCUCCCCCACGUCCCCCUCGAAGGAGGGCAGGCCGGGGGAAUGGAGGACGCUGACUUCUUCAGCCCCUCGAAAUGGAGACCAGUUCGCCUGGCACAGACACAUGGCCCAGCCUGCGCCCAAGGUCCACCGCUUCCCCAGCAACAUCAGCGUGACCAACAGCUCCGGGAAGGAGUUCAACAAGACCAUCUCCAAAGCGGCCGUCAACGUGCAGGAGCGCAAGGCCCGGGUCCUGGCCAAUAUCAACGGCGUGUCUUUCCUCACCUCGGGGGACGUGGAAGACCAGGCGCAGAAGAGCGAUCUCACAGAGAAGAGGAGCGUCUCUCCAGAUCGGGGGACACCCUCCUGGAGCAGGCCAACCCCGGCCAAGGAAGCUGACGGGCCGCGAGCAGGUGGGCAGGCCAGUGGCGGUCAGCAGUCCAGAGGCGUGCAGACGGAGCCGCCCCCGGUGCUGGCCAACGGCUUCCAGAGCAUCCACGAGGUGCUCAGGAGCGAGCCCAGCCCCUUCGUGUCUACUGGGAAGACCAUCACCUUCCGCCCAGACCCCCCGACUCUUGCCAGCAAGCUUGCGCGCCAGAAUGCCAGCAGGAGCGUCUGUGAGCCCCGGCCGCCGGGCUGCGGCCAGGACCCCAGGAGGCGGGCAGGCUCUCUGCCCAGAGCAGGGGGCUUCAGGCCCCAGGGCAUCACCGUGCAGUUCUCUGGACGCGGCUCCACGGAGGAAGCCCGGCGGGAGGCCCUGCGCAAGCUGGGGCUCCUGAAGGAGAACUCAUGAGGGAGGCGAGCCCAGGGGACGGCUCAGGGCCCACUCACGCCAGCAGAAGGGCUAAAGUAGGCCUCGUUUGUCCCCCUCCCUACAAAGGGUGAGGUGGAACAGCGAUACGGUUUCUCCUCCUGCAGUGCAGGAACUGUCGGCAGCAAAUGCACACGUAAAGGGCGGGACCUGGGCACCCAGCAGCUGCGGCCCUGUGCGGGAGCGGAGCUGGAGACGCUGGGCCUGGGUGGUCCCGCAGGUGGGCAGGGAGUUCUGUGAGAGCCUGGACCUGUAACUUCUCACCUUCCUUCUUCUAAGGUUCAGAAUGAACUUUACGUCCUGUUGGCCCCCGUGAUCUGUAAAUGCCAUACGUUUUUAUAGUUGGGAGGCGGGGAGGCGGCCUGGUGGGUCCUUCCCGAGUCCCUCAGCUAGCCUUCUAUCCCAAGUGAAGGCCGUGAAAGCCAGUUUAGAGCUCUACUCAGGAUUUCCACCUCCUUUUCUAAGAACAUUAAGAAGAAAUGCGUGUUAGAUUUUCAGAGUUUCAAUUACACUUUUUUUUGGCCCUUUGUUUAGUUCUGAAGGAUACAAGAUGGUACUUUACCCUGGAUAUGCUCUUGUUUCUGGAUCAACGUGGUUUGCCCAGUUUUUUUUUUUUUUUAAUUGAAAAUUGAAAUGAAGUCUUCAUAGUAUGAUUCACUGUCAUUGUGAGGUGUGAGAGUAAAAAAGGUAGAGUUGGAAAGGAUGGUGAUUUUGAGAAAGCCAGUCACAUCAGGCUGCAGGGUCUGUGUUCGUGGGACACACAGUAUGAGUCUGUGUUGUGUGUAUAUAUGUACAUACUGUAUGUUGACAUAGGGACUGUGUGUGUAUACGUGCACUUUCAUUAUUACAUAAAUAUAAACUUCUGAAAAGCCUGCUCAGUAGCUACAGGACAUCAGCACUUCUCUGGAUGGACACAGCCCCCUCACCAUUCUGAUGGAUGAUACAAGAAAUCCUUACUUCCUAAUAUGGAAGGCUUCUAAGGACACGUGUCCAUGAUAUUUUGGGGAACCAAAAGUACUUUUUCCUCAACCAUGUGUUCUUCUGUUCCCAAUUAAGGUAAUAUUUCCUGCUUCUAAAGAAGCAAGACGGUUCCUGCUUUAGUAAAGAACGUUUUAAAAUAUUAAUCUUAUUUAUCAACCAAUUCUAGUUCCCUGUGUUCUGUGGUAACUAGGAAACAGAAGAUUCUGAAAGAUCCCAAUUGAACGUGUUCCAUGACCAACGUCUCGGGAUUCAUUUAAAAGGGGAAAAACGGUGAAAUAGGUUAUACAGCGUGAAAAGAACUGGUUUUCUCCCAGACUGCGCCGGGUUCUGGCCACAAGCAUUAUCAUCCAGACUAUUUAAGGCUGGAGCCUGAAACCUCUAAAAAUAGACGGGGAGGGGCUGCCCUGCUUGGUCACACCCUGGUUGUCCCCACCAGUGCCCUGACGCCCGUUUCUUUCCUGGUGGGUGUUGCUGAGCUCCUGGCUUUCCGUGUGCAGGGAAGGGUGUUUUCGGAGUGUCCGCUGGCCUCGGAGGUUGAUUAAGCAAACGAUCAUGGUUUUUUCCUUGGAAUCUCAGUAUUUAGCAUCUUGUCCGGCUCUUGUCCUCAUGAAAUAAUUCAUAGAUUCUUGAUCUUGAUUUAAAUAGGUUUGUUAAUCUUAUAGCUUUGAAAAGUGCUUAUUUUAAUUUUACUCCCGUUUAUGUUGGAUUCGGGUAGAGGAUUCAGGAGAGUUUCCUUUUUACAAAGUGAGAUGCUGUACAGUGUUGAGUAACCGAGGGUCUUAAUACAGCUAGUGUCUUUAAAAUUCUUUAAAUACAAGGUUUUAAAAAUUUUUAUCUUAUCCUAUGAUUUUGUUGUGACCAGGGUGAACUUGACUGUAUAUUAGUAUAUUUGUUUGCAUAAUGACAUUUUUGAAAAAUAAAUUCAGUUUUAUCUUA